GCUCUGGCCACGCCCCAGCUCUCGGGAUCUUUCAGCUGGAGCCACCAGAAAUCACUCCCCUGUCUCGUGCUCAGAGCAGCUGCAAACACAGAAAAACGAGUUGUUUUGCUCAGAGCAGCUGUAAGCAAGUUGUAUGCAGGAAAUUAAAGGUCUGGGGGGGUCCAUAACCCCCAACACUGGAGGAAGGUGCUGGGCCUUGGAAUUGUAAGGGCUGGGAAGAGAAGCCUGAGGAAAAAGGAGGAACCCUCAGAACUGGGCAGUAGUUGACUUCUACUUCAUGAGUCCCCAUAACGCCUUCAGGGUGAUUUUCAGGAUAGUGUUCCCAGGACAUAAGUCCAGGGGGAUGGCACUGCUCAGGCAUGAGGAGGACCAAAGCAAGCGUGCAGUGUCACCAGAUUGAGAAUAGGCCCCAGCUUGGUUGUGUCCCCAUCCUUAAUCCUCUGGUAGUAGCUGUUGGCAAGACCCAGGAGAUGGCUAAACAACCACAUCCCUGGAAGGCAUAUGGCAAUGCAUGCCGGUGCCAGGGCAGCCCCAGCAACUGGUUCUGCUUGAUGAAGCCUAUGGACUUCUUCACCUGAAGUGACAGUACCUCAGUCUCAUGUGCUCCUCCAGGGGGUCUCAGGUUUAAUUCACAUUGCAUGCAGGUCCCUACUCUAACCAGAUCUACACAUGUGCACACAUACACGCAUGCCCACUCUCCACCCUACAGUUACUCUAACACUAAUAGAGCCUCUGGAAACAAGAGGCCAGACUUUGGAGGGAUGAGCCCCGGAAAGCGACAAUUACCAUUUUACAGGCAGGCAUUUGGCUUCUCCAAGGGCUAGGCACCUGCACACUCGCUGCCCACCUGUUUCUGUGAUGGAGCAAUGGGCUGCUUCUGAAUUGCUCCUUCACAUCCAGACCUUAGCCCUGGGGUCUAGCCUGGUUCUCAGCAAGCCUCUCCACACUUGCCUCUAGACGGCAGUCUGUAGGUUCCAGGAGGUUUCCAGAGAGGCCUUGGCCCUCAGUGCCUGGGUGUAUGAAGGACUUCUGCUGGAAACAGAUGGAGAUUCGCAAAUCCAUCCAGAGACAUGCGUCCAAGGCAGGCUUCGUCGUCCAGCCACCUCCAGAACCAGGGUAGUGAGAGGAGGGGAUUCCCAGCCCAGAUUUCUGAAAGUCCUAGUUAGUCUGUGGUGCAGACGCAACUCCCUUCUUGCUCUGUAGUGAGGAUUGUGGGGAGGAGUCAAGGUCCCGUAGGCGUCAGGGGUGAAAGAACAGAAAAGGACCCCGGUCUAAAGUCGGGUGUGGAGCGGUAGCUGGAGUAACAGCAUCAGGGCAGCCUAGCUCCGAUAGAAGGCAGAACCGGGAGCCCCAGAGUGGCACAGGCAGCCAGCCUGAUGCCUUGUAGAGGAGCCACCGGAGAGGGGUGGGGCGCCAAGGCUUCAUGGGUGGGGGUGGGAGUGGCGCUGGAGGAGGCGGUCAGGAUGCGUAGACCAGAAGCUCCCAUACUGGGACAAGGGGUGCUUUGCUGCCAGACCCGUCACGACUUAGCCCUCCCGGGGCUAUUUCCUCUGAUUCCCGCCUCGGGGCCUCGGUUUCCCCAAGCGGCGGGGCGGGGCGGGAGCAGCGCUGGUUUCAAAGUCGCCUGCAGGGUGCGCCCAUGAGCGGCGCGGCCGGAGCCGGAGCCCGAGCCGCCGCUGAGACGGUGGGAGCCAGCGCAGGAGACAGGUACUUCAGAAGCCUAAAGUCGAGCGGAGCCUGGCUGGAUCCCUUGGCGUAGUCAUGAUUUUAGGAGACGCGGAAUCCUCUGUGAGAAAGCCUGUGGCAAACUCUCUCUGGGAACACUCGUGGCUCUUGUGAGGAAAGGGCUGCGAGACUUGAGUAGGUGGUCGGCUGGGCUGCAGCUAUGGACCGAGAGCUGGCCCAGACCCGCAUCCUUGCUGAGCCUGCCCAAGUGUGGCUGCUCCCACCAUGGUCUCCUCGGUGUACAUCACGGUGGAGCUGGCCAUUGCUGUGCUGGCCGUCCUGGGCAACGUACUUGUGUGCUGGGCCGUGUGGAUCAACAGCAACCUACAGAAUGUCACCAACUACUUUGUGGUGUCACUGGCAGCGGCUGACAUUGCAGUGGGUGUGCUCGCCAUCCCCUUUGCCAUCACCAUCAGCACCGGCUUCUGCGCCGCCUGCCACGGCUGCCUCUUCUUCGCCUGCUUCGUCCUGGUCCUCACUCAGAGCUCCAUCUUCAGCCUCUUGGCCAUUGCCAUUGACCGCUACAUCGCCAUCCGCAUCCCACUCCGGUACAAUGGCUUGGUGACAGGCAUGAGGGCAAAGGGCAUCAUUGCAAUUUGUUGGGUGCUGUCGUUCGCCAUCGGCCUGACCCCCAUGCUGGGCUGGAACAGCUGCGGUCAGGUCAAGGACGGCCAGAACUACACGCAGGACUGCGGCAAGGGCCAGGUGGCCUGUCUGUUCGAGGACGUGGUGCCCAUGAACUACAUGGUAUACUACAACUUCUUCGCUUUCGUCUUACUGCCCCUGCUGCUCAUGCUGGGCAUCUACUUGCGGAUUUUUCUGGCAGCCCGGAGACAGCUGAAGCAGAUGGAAAGCCAACCCCUGCCAGGGGAGCGGACCCGGUCCACGCUGCAGAAGGAGGUCCAUGCUGCCAAGUCCCUCGCCAUCAUCGUGGGGCUCUUUGCCCUCUGCUGGCUGCCACUCCACAUCAUCAACUGCUUCACUUUCUUCUGCCCCUCGUGCCAGCACGCCCCUCCGUGGCUCAUGUACCUGGCCAUCAUACUCUCACACAGCAACUCCGUCGUCAACCCCUUCAUCUACGCCUACAGGAUCCGCGAGUUCCGCCAGACCUUCCGGAAGAUCAUCCGCACCCACGUCCUGAGGCGGCAGGAACCCUUCAAGGCCGGGGGUUCCGGUGCCUGGGCCUUGGCGUCUCACAGCACUGAGGGAGAGCAGGUCAGCCUCCGCCUCAAUGGCCACCCCCUGGGGGUGUGGGCCAAUGGCAGUGCCCCGCAUUCUGGACGGAGGCCCAAUGGCUAUACCCUGGGGCUGGUGAGCGGAGGGAGUUCCCAAGGGUCUCCUGGGGAUGUGGAGCACCAGGAAGGCGGCCCAGAGCAUCCUGGCCUAGGGGAGCAACUGGCCGAGGGCGGAGUAGGAACGUCCUCGUGGUCCACAGAGUUUGCCCCUUCCUGAGGGAAAGACAUCUUUAUCGUUUUGGUUGGCUGGACCAAUCUCAGUGAGAGAAGACAAGGAAGACCAUGCCAGGAAACACACUGGGCAUCUGGUUCCCACUUUGGACUAAGAAGAGGGAGCAUUGAGCUGGAGCAGCAUGAAGCCCAGUAAGAGAGGCCUGGGGUGGAGGAAGCAGAUGCCUCGUGCCGUGGGGCCCUGCGUUAGGCCCUAGUUAGAGCAACAUCAGCGGUCUUUGAAGGCGGGGCCCAGUUCCCCAACUCCAGAAGAAUCAGAAAGUUCUAUCUUGUCUCUGUAGAGCAGCUGUGGCCUGAAGGACUGGCCUGGCCUGAUGUUGGGGUAUGGCUGCUUCAGGCCUCCCGCCAUAGUACACUACCCUCCCCAGACCGUCUCGGGCUCAGGGAGCUGCUGGCCUGGAAGUUGGCACUUGACUACUUUUUUUUUUUCUUUCCAGAAGAUGAAAAUGUGAGGAAACCCUUUCUAUUUUAUUGACGUCCCCUCUCCGGCUGCUGGAUCUGUCCUCGAUCCUGCCCGUAUCCCGAGGAGUCACAGGCAACCCUCUCGGGCUGCCACAAGCUGCCAUGCACUUAGUCAUAGGGCCAUCUCGGGGCAGCAAAGCUGGGCUUGAAGACAGGGAAUGGUGCCAGAGUGUGGGCUCUCAGGUCCCAAGAGAGAGGUUAGAGCUGUCAAGCCAUGGACCUGAGCCUGGGAAGCUCAGAGCUGCCCCGUCAGAGGCCCUGUCUACUGCCUUUCCUCCUGGAGGGACUGAUUUCUUUGUUUUUGUUUGUGUUUUUUUUUUCCUGAGAUAAAAUAAAAUGAGCCACACUCGUGUUUUA